AUGACCGAGCAGCACGGCGACAAGACGCGCUGCCGCCGCCGGCGAGGCGCGGCUUCCCCUCCCGGCGCCCCGCCCACCAGUGGCGACAUCCUCUGGGAGAUCUUCCUCCGCCUGCCCCCACUACCCUCCCCCCUCCUGCGCGUCUCCCUCGUAUGCAAGCGGUGGCGCCGCCUCGUUGGAGACCCAGAGUUCCUCCUCCGCUUCCGCGCCCGCCACCGGAAGGCGCCCCUCCUCGGGCUCUUCAGCGAGGACGGCGGGUGGCUCGCUUUCACCCCCGUCGUCGACCCUCCUGACCGCAUACCUCCUCAGCGCCUCUCCAUGCAGAUCGACACCAACGCCGGCACCUACCCCUUCCAGUGCAAGCUCCUAGGGUGCCGCCACGGGCGCGUACUCGUCCUCCACCCAAGAUGCCGUGAGGUCCUCGUGUGCGACCCCAUUACCGGGGACCAACUCCGCAUUGCUCUUCCGCCGGAGUUCGACAAAGGUUACAUUCGCACCUACAUGACCGAAGGGGCCGUGCUCUGUGCUGACCGCGUCCAGGGGCACGUGCAUGGGGGCUGCCACGCGAGCCCCUUCAAGGUGGUUUUGGUGCACAUCCUCCUCAAAGGUUUUCGAGCUACUGCCCGCGUUUACUCGUCGGAGACCGGCACGUGGAGCAAUCUCAUCUCAGCGCCGGAACAAUGUAGAAGCAUUAUUGUUAAUUUCCAUCGUCCUUCCACCCUUGUUGGCGGCUCCCUCUACUGGUGGCUUUAUUCCUCGGACGACGACAUGGAAAUCCUCGAGUUUGCUAUUGGUAGCCAGACCCUAAUGGUGAUCGACAGGCCUCCUGUUCAAAAGCUUAGCACAUAUCGCAGUCAGAUCAUCCAGGGAGAGGAUGGCGGCGUUGGAGUCGCCGUACUGUCAUACCUCAGCCUCCAGACGUGGGAUCGGAAAGUCGGUUUUGGUGGUGAAGUUGCUACGACAUGGGUUCUGCGGAAGACCGUUAAUCUUCAGCUGGUGCCGAAUAUGAGGGCUACUCAAAGUGAAAUAGUGGGGUACGUGGAGGAGGAAGAUGCAAUUCUUGUAAGGUUCAGCAAGAAUGUCUUCAUCGUUCGGCUUGAUUCAACCAAGGCAAACAAACUUUGUGAAUACAUUGACAUGAACAGUUAUCAUCCUUUCACCAGUUUCUACUCUUCCGGCAGUAGCUCAGUCGUUUCAUUGGUGUAG